AGGCGGGCCGAAGCGGUGGGAGCGGCGGCUCAAGGCGGCCCUGGGCUGGCAGAGGUGGCGGCCGCGGUGGCCGCUGCGCGAAGACAGCGGGAUGGUGGGGCGGGAGAACGAGCUUUCUAUCCACUUUGUUCCCGGGAAUUGCCGGCUAGUGGAGGAGGAAGUUAAUGUCCCUAAUAGACGGGUUCUGAUUACUGGUGCCACUGGGCUUCUUGGCAGAGCUGUGUACAAAGAAUUUAAGCAGAAUAAUUGGCAUGCUGUUGGCUGUGGUUUUAGAAGAGCAAGGCCAAAAUUUGAACAAGUUAAUCUUUUGGAUUCAAAUGCAGUUCAUCACAUCAUUCAUGGUUUUGAGCCUCAUGUCAUAGUACACUGUGCAGCAGAGAGAAGACCAGAUGUUGUAGAAAAUCAUCCAGAGGCUGCUUCUCAACUUAAUGUGGGUGCUUCUAGGAAUUUAGCAAAGGAAGCAGCUGCAGUUGGAGCAUUUCUAAUCUACAUUAGCUCAGAUUAUGUAUUUGAUGGAACAAAUCCACCUUAUAGAGAGGAAGAUAUACCAAAUCCCCUGAAUUUGUAUGGCAAAACAAAAUUAGAAGGAGAAAAGGCUGUCCUGGAGAACAAUUUAGGAGCUGCUGUUUUGAGAAUUCCUGUUCUGUAUGGAGAAGUUGAAAAGCUUGAAGAAAGUGCUGUGACCAUUAUGUUUGAUAAAGUGCAGUUCAGCAACAAGUCAGCGAACAUGGACCACUGGCAACAGAGGUUUCCCACACAUGUCAAAGAUGUAGCCAGUGUGUGUCGUCAGUUAGCAGAGAAGAGAAUGCUGGAUCCAUCAAUUAAGGGAACCUUUCACUGGUCUGGCAGUGAGCAGAUGACCAAGUAUGAAAUGGCAUGUGCAAUUGCAGAUGCCUUCAACCUUCCCAGCAGUCACUUAAGACCUAUUACUGACAGUCCAGUCUUAGGAGCACAACGUCCAAGAAAUGCUCAGCUUCACUGCUCCAAAUUAGAGACCCUGGGCAUUGGCCAGCGAACACCAUUUCGAAUUGGAAUCAAAGAAUCUCUCUGGCCUUUCCUCAUUGACAAGAGAUGGAGACAAACGGUCUUUCAUUAGUUUAUGUGUAUUUUUUUUUUAAUGAAAAGUAUAGUGUGUGGCAAUUUUCAAAGAAAAGGGAAUUAGUUUUGUAUGAGUGCUCUUUAAUUGUGAAACAUGAUCUUUCAGGUAAAUGAUGCUCUUGCACUAGUGAAAUUGUCUAAACAAAGGGGCAGUGAUGCCUUGUUUGAAGUAAUGAUCUUUCUGUUUAUCAUUUUGUUUGUUCUGGCUUAACUUGCUCUUUAAGUAUAGUGAAUUAUGAUUCUUGAAUGUUUGAGAGCCAGGAUGAAAUAGAUCUGCUGUAGACUUUUUUUUAUUUUUUUAAUGAAAUGCAUUGUUCAUCAUUUUCAGGAUUUUUGCAGCAGUUGACCGUUUUAUGUUGAUUGUUUGAAAGUGUGUUAAAGUAAUACGAAAAUCAUUGUGUUCAGUAUUUGCUUUGCUUGAGCUCAGAUCAAAAUGUUUGAAGAAAGAAACUUUAUUUUUGCAACGUAAGUGCCGUUUUUAUGCUUGAGAUAUUUCAAUAUGUUUCUUUAUAUUGGAACUUCACACCUCCUGCUUUUGUAGCAGUGUAUGGUGAGCACUUGAGGGAGAGAGGGAGUGUGUGAGUGUAUGUGUUUGUAUUUUUAAAAUACGUAUAUGCCUGUCCUUUUCACUCCAUGUCGCUAAGUGAUAUUUCAUAUAUGUGGUUAUACUACUAAUAAAGGGCCUUGUAAGUCUUUGACCAUUCAUGAAUAAUAAUAAAUAUGUACUGCUGGCAUGGUAA